ACAGCUGUCCACAUUUUGUUUUGGCUGGUUUUCAGAGUUGUCUGCUGAGUCAAGAUGGCAAGGUUGGUCAUUUUGGUGGCUGUGUUCAUGUUAUUUGGAUCCUCUCUUGGGUGCCUGUUGGGAAAGUGGCUAACGCAGUGUGUGCAGAAAUUUCAAGAUUACAGAAAUCCUCCAAUCCUGCUAAACAUGGCUCCAGACUCUGUUGAUGACAUGUACGACAAAUGUGAAGAGAAGAUGAAGGAAAAAAUAGAGAAAGAUUUUUUACAAAAUGAGAUAAACAAAGAUAAGUUCAAAACAAACUUCAGUGAGGCCUGGAAUAAAGCUGAGGAAUACUACAAGAGUGAAUGGGAGAAAAACCCACCACUGAUUAAAGAACAUAUCAUGGCUAUUCAUGCGUACACCCUUGAAGACCCACCUUUAUACUGUGAAUUCAACAACGCAGUCCGAACAAAUAAGUCUGUGUACCAAACCAAAUUCCCGUAUCACACUCUGCACUUCUACCUCACCAUGGCCCUGCGCACCAUCAAACCUACAGCAGAAAAUUGUGUCACUGGCUACCGUAGAACAAAGUGUAAAUUCAGGAAAGAUGUUCUCAACAAACAGAUUCGUUUUAGUGCUUUUUCCUCCAGUUCAAUAGGUGGCUAUGCUAAUAAAACGUUUGGUGAGGAAUCAUGCUUUGAAAUCACCACAUGUUUUGGAGCAGAGAUCUCAAAGUUCUCUAAGUUUCCAUCCGAAAAUGAAGUCCUGGUUCCUCCGUAUGAGGUUUUUAAAGUAACAGAAGUGAAGGAAAGGUCUGAGCAGAACAAGCUUCCUUGUAAGGUUGUCUACAAACUUCAGAGCACAAAAACAACAAGUUCCAAUUUAAACUGUGCUUUUUUCAACAAUAAAUAAAAAUUCUACUCUGAGACAAUAACCAUCUACAAAGUUUUAAUUGAAACAUUCUAGAAAUAAAAAUAACUCUGCCGAUGUCGACAUAAUUUGAUAUUUUCUCCCAAGAAAAUGGGCCUAAUCAGUUUUACACAGUGAAGUAAUUAGAUAUAAUGAUAACAAAUGUACAACAGAGUGUGAAAACCUAUGUAAGAUUUUGAAUGUGUUUAAAUUGUUAAGCUGAAUUUCAGUAAGGACAGAUAAUAUUAGUUUUCUCUAAAACCAUUAACUUUCUUCUCUGCUGUUUUUGUUCUUCAAUAAAAACUAAGCCCAAAUCAGU